AUGGAAGAGAAGAACAAGGAUAAGGAGAAGAAACCGGUGGUUACGUUCGAAGACGACGACGACGAUCUAGAAGAUAGCAGUAGGUACGAGAACGACAGUGACACUGAUCGAAGCGAUCUCGCAGAUCUUCCUGGUGAUGCUGACGACGACAACGAGGACACUUUCAUUUCUCAGGUCCAAUGGCCUCAAAGCUUUAGGGAAACGACUGAUUCGUAUACGAUUGCUGCAUCACCAAUCUUUGGGUCUCUGAGAAGUAAUCCGAGUUUCUAUAGACAGAGCAGAAGUAAUCUAGAUGUUGAGUCGUCAAAAGCUCCUUUGCUCCCUGAGAGGAAUGAAGAAUCCGACAAAGCCUCAGCUACACAAUCAGUUUGGUCUCACAAAGGCUCUUUUGCUGAAGAAUUACCCAUUGGAGGAUAUGGAUGCAGCGUCACUCAAACCAUCUUCAAUGCGAUUAAUGUGAUGGCUGGAGUUGGACUUCUCUCAACACCUUUUACAGUGAAAGAAGCUGGUUGGGCAAGUAUGGUGAUCCUUCUCUUGUUUGCGGUUAUAUGUUGUUACACUGCUACUUUGAUGAAAGAGUGUUUCGAGCACAAAUCCGGCAUUAUCACUUACCCUGAUAUUGGUGAAGCUGCUUUUGGCAAAUAUGGUCGCAUUCUUAUUUGUGUGCUAUUGUACACUGAACUAUAUUCAUAUUGUGUGGAAUUCAUCAUUUUGGAAGGGGAUAACCUUACCGGGCUUUUCCCUGGGACAUCGGUGGAUUGGCUAGGGAUCAGUCUUGACUCUAAACAUUUGUUUGGAAUCUUAACUGCUCUCAUUGUUCUGCCAACUGUUUGGUUGAAGGAUCUUCGCAUCAUUUCUUACCUCUCAGCUGGUGGAGUUAUAGCAACUGUUUUGAUAGCAGUGAGCACAUUCUUCCUCGGGACAACGUGUGGGAUCGGGUUUCACCACACCGGUCAUGCUGUGAAAUGGAAUGGGAUACCGUUUGCGAUUGGUAUCUAUGGAUUUUGCUAUUCAGGACACUCUGUGUUCCCAAAUAUAUACCAAUCCAUGGCUGAUAAAACCAAAUUCAACAAAGCUGUGAUCACAUGUUUCAUUUUAUGUGUUUUGAUAUAUGGAGGAGUUGCAAUCAUGGGUUAUCUCAUGUUUGGUGAAGCCACCUUGUCUCAGAUUACACUAAACAUGCCAAAGGAUCUAUUUUUCUCAAAAGUUGCUCAAUGGACAACGGUUGUGAGUCCGUUUACAAAAUACGCUCUCCUUAUGAAUCCACUUGCAAGGAGUAUAGAAGAACUUUUACCGGAAAGAAUAUCAGAGAACGUGUGGUGUUUUCUUCUUCUAAGAACAGCACUCGUUGCUUCUUCUGUUUUCUCUGCUUUCCUUAUCCCAUUUUUUGGACUUGUGAUGGCUCUGAUAGGAUCUCUUCUUAGUAUACUUGUGGCAAUAGUAAUGCCAGCUCUAUGCUUCAUAAGGAUAAUGGGGAACAAAGCUACAAGAACACAGAUGAUUCUGAGUUCAAUAAUUGUGGCCAUUGGAUUGGUGAGUGGGACAUUGGGGACAUACUCUUCGGUUGCAAAGAUCAUUAGGAACUUAUAA